GAGCCCACAUAGAACAGCAUAGGGGUAGGUGUUGUAGUUUUCUUGGAUUGUGGAGAACGUGGAACGUGAAGAUCGGGUGCUCUCUCCGUUUCCCUUUCAUCAAAACUUCCAUCUGAAUCCAUUUUCAGAAUACUUCCAUUCCAGUCUCAGCUUCAGUUUUUAAAUGGCUAAAGAUGGUAAGAUACGGCGCAAGUCCCGAUCUCGAGGUCACAGGGAAACCCCAUAUCUUUUGUCUUGUGCAAGAAAAAAUAUGAAAAAUGCUAAGAGCUUUUCGAAAGCUAUAGAAAAGAAGGACUGGGACGAUGCAAUCUGCUCAGUCUGUAUGGAGGUUCCCCACAAUGCUAUCCUACUCCUCUGUUCAUCAUAUAACAAGGGUUGCCGCCCUUAUAUGUGUGCUACCAGCCGUCGCUAUUCUAACUGUUUUGAACAGUAUAAAAAGGCAUAUACAAAAGCAACUUCUGUUCAAAGUUUGCAGCAAGAAACAGACUAUUCGAAUUUUGAUUCUAGUGCUGGUGAACGCAAUGACAAUACCAAAGUUCCCGAGCUUCUUUGUCCACUUUGCCGCCGGCAAGUGAAAGGUUGGACUGUAGUUGAAGCAGCCCGAAAGUCUCUGAAUGCCAAGAAAAGAAGCUGUAUGCAAGAUGACUGCUCUUUUGUUGGGAAUUACAAGGAGCUUAGGAAACAUGUUAGAUCUAAGCAUCCAUUUUCACGACCACGAGAAGUGGAUCCUGUAAGAGAAGAAAAAUGGAAAAGACUCGAGUGCGAAAGAGAACGGAAUGAUGUAAUCAGCACAAUUUUGUCCUCAACGCCAGGGGCUAUGGUGCUGGGGGAUUAUGUGCUCGAUCCAAAUGACAACGCCUUUUACAGUGACGAGACUGAUUCUGAUGAGGAAUUUUCCGAGGAUGAUGAUUUCUUCUCCAUGAGAUCCAUUGGUUUGGGCAGUACUGGCAGAUUUUUGUCAAAUAUCAGGUAUAAUCCGCGCCAUGUUGCAGAUUCUUUUGAUGUCGAUCGUUUUGGUUUCCGGAGUGUUGCACCUACAGGUUCUGCUGCUAUUGCUGGACGUGGACUCCACAGGCUACUGUUAGGAAGGUCUAGAAGACGGCGAAGACAUAGGAUACUGAAUCCAGACAGGUAAAUUAGAGAAGAACUACAGAAAUGUGGGGAAGAGCUGCUCUUCUUCAAUAGUACAUCAAAGACCUCGACAUGGCUUUGUUUUGUUGCUAUGCCAGAGCAUUAUUUUAUUUAAUUGGGAGAGUAAAGCGUUGGACCCAUCUUUCUUGCCAUGCACCAAUAUGUUAUCUCAUUAUUUCCCUUGUUUUUAGUUUCUCAAAUAGACUGUACAAAAGGCAAUUUUAGAAUGCUCGUUGCCUCUCUUGUUUUUAGAUUUAGGAGAUUCAGGUCAUAUUUAUUUUUGUUCGGUCAUGCAAAGUGGUGAAUUGAAUUGAACAGGUGAUCAGAAAAAAAUUUCAUUUUGAAAUGAUGCACUAUUCUUCCUAUGAUGAUUUAUUAUGUACAGUUUAUUACA